GAGUCCAUAGCUAAGCACCAGGAGCUGAGCUCUGUUCGCUGUGCCUGGCUGCAAGUCUCCGACAUGGCUCAGGAGAAAAUGGAGCUGGACUUUGAGCCUGACACAUCUAAUGGGGGCACCCUGAGGAGAUCGAGCAGCGCUCCCCUGAUCCAUGGGCUCAGUGACCUUUCACAGGUUUUUCAGCCUUACGCAUUUAGAACUCGGAGGAAUAGUACGACGAUUAUGAGCCGUCACAACCUGGACUUGCUGUCAUCCUCACCUAAUCGGAUUUCUAACAGCAGACUGCAUCAAAUCAAAAUGGAGGAAGGUAUGAAUAUGAUGAAGAGAGAAACUGCUCAUGAAAGGGAAGUGCAAACAGCAAUGCAGAUAAGCCAAUCUUGGGAUGAGAGCUUAAGCCUGAGUGACAAUGAUUUUGACAAGCCAGAGAAAUUAUAUUCUCCUAAAAGGAUUGACUUCAUUCCGGUUUCUCCAGCACCAUCACCCACCAGAGGACUUGGAAAGCAAUGCUUUUCACCAUCCUUACAAAUGUCUGUGAGCAGCAGUGGGCUACCACCAAGUCCCAUUCCUAGUCCGAGACACUUUUCCAGCAGGAGGAGUCAGAGUCCAGUCAAGUGCAUUAAGCCCAGUGCUCUUGGUCCGAUUAAAAGAAAAGGUGAAAUGGAGACCGAAAGCCAGCCCAAGAGGCUCUUCCAAGGCACUACCAAUAUGCUGUCUCCGGAGACUGCACAAUUGUCUGAUCUCAGUUCAUGUUCAGACAUUUUGGAUGGCAGUAGUAGCGGCAGUAGCAGCAGUGGCUUAUCCUCAGACUCACUGGCUAAAGGCAGCACAACCGCAGAGUCUCCAGUAGCAUGCUCCAAUUCAUGCCCUCCGUUCAUCUUGGUGGAUGAUCUCUCACCCAAGUGAUUUACCCAUUUCUGAUUCAGUGUUUUAACGGCUGUUACCUACAUAAAUCAUUCAGUGAGAGGAACGCAGAGAACUUUGAUCCGUAAUGAGGAUUAAAGUACUACGUAUUUAAACCAUUUCGACACCACUCUCUCGUGGCAUCUCUCUUCUCUAAAGUUCAAUUUACGAGCAUGGUGACCUUACUUGUGUCUCUUGUUGCUGAUCACAUUUUGGAUCUAGUGGCAAAAUCUCAAAUACUCACUUUUCAUUGCUUAGAAUAUAUACAUAUAUAUUCUCAGUGCCUCAAGGAGCACCCAUUUUACAGUCUGCGUUUAAGAAAAGCACUGAUGUGUAUUUUUGAUAAUGGUUCCUUUUCCCGGCAGUGAUAUGACAGCUAGAGUUGAUCAGAAAUUCUCUUGCUUGAGAGAUUGUGUUGUCCUUUGUUGACUACAUAAUUUCAAAUCUAUUUCACAGUAGAUGAAUUGCUCUUGAUUAUAUUAAUUUUUAAUUUUUCUGCAUCAUCUUAACAUACAUUAUUUUGUUUCCUUUUCCUGUUCGAGCUGCUUACUUGCCAUAUCUCACAGAGUGGAAAAAUCACAUAGUUGCUUUCAUUACUACCCAUAUCGCUUCUUUGCUGCUGGAGUGUAUGGCGUGAGGAUUGAUUUUAGUGCUGAGAAUGUGAAUGGACUUACAGGAUGCCUGGAGUAGUCACCACAAGUUCAUAUAAGUUAGCUACCACAGUUGAUAUUUUUCUCUCCAAAUCUGUUACCCUAAGGAAUAUAUAAAAUAUUGUUAAUGUUUCUAGGUGGUGUUAUCAAGGAGAAGAAAUUCCUGCCUUGACCAGAUGUGUGGAGCAUCUUCAGAUGAAUGAAUAAUGUUAUUUACACACAAACCGCUGUCUAGAAAGGCAUAUGUGAAGCUUGACAGCUUGGGUGGUAUUAUGAGGCCUGAGGUGCCUUGGGGUACAGUGCUGUGCUGUAAAGAUGUAUAUCAUAAGGUAGGGUAGAAAAGGGGGCUUUAUGUGAUUGUCACAUAGUGUCUCAAUUGCUGCUUUGUUCUGAUUACUUUUUUGACAUUGGACUCUUGUUUCGUCGCGUGGUGAGUGGUAAUGCCAAUUGUUUUGGUCAUUGUGUUGCCACCAGAAUUAGAAUCCAGGUCUUAUUCAUGCUGCCUUAUAGCAAGGACAGUUUAAUAUCUGUGAGGAAGCUUUUAGG